AUGCGCACUCACACAGGAGAGAAACCGUACGUGUGCGAUAUAUGUGAACACAGAUAUACGAGUCUCGAUAAUCUCAAGACACACAUGCGCACUCACACGGGAGAGAAAAUGCUUAAGUCACACAUGCGCACUCACACGGGAGAAAGGCCGUACGUGUGUGAUAUAUGUGAACACAGAUAUACGAGCCUCCGUAAUCUCAAGGAACACAUGCGCACUCACACGGGAGAGAAACCGUUUGCAUGUGAGAGAUGUGAAUAUAAGUGUUCUACGUCCAGUAAGCUUAAGUCACACAUGCGCACUCACACGGGAGAGAAACCGUAUGUGUGCGAUAUAUGUGAACACAGAUAUAAGAGUCUCGAUAAUCUCAAGCACAGAUAUACUACCCUCGAUUAUCUCAAGGUACACAUGCGCACUCACACGGGAGAGAAACCGUUUGCAUGUGAGCGAUGUGACUAUAAGUGUACAACCUCCAGUGAUCUCAAGAGACACAUGCGCACUCACACAGGAUAAAAGCCGUACGUGUGCGACAAGUGUGGAUGCAAGUUUACUGCCUGCAGUUCACUGAGUAGACACCGGCACUGAAAAAAGUUCCAGAAUAACGAUCCGAUACAAUAUGAUAGUAUUAGUAAACAACCGUUUUGCUGUAGCGUUGUUACCUUACACCUCAUCGGUUAUUCUGCUGAAAUAUGAGAGGGUAUUCUCUACUGCAAGUGGUGUUUUUAACCUGGGGAGGGAGAGUUUGGUGCCUGACAAUGCCAACAUAUUAGUUUUUCUUUAUACUAACUAUACAAAUUAUAGAAGCAUAGCGCUGCCUCAGAGGAGACAUAUUGUGACCUAACUUCCUAAGGUGGACUACCGACUAGUGGUGCUGUAUCUUUAGUUUAUAGAUGAGCUAGUUUUACUGAGCUUUCUGGUGUAUUGAGUAGACGUGGAUUCCUUCUGUCAUAUUGUUCGUUCUAUUUGAUUUUGUUCUCGUUUCAAUAUAGAUGUUGUUUUGUUGA